GCUACAGUGGAGUCGGGCUGGGAUUUUCUGACGCCGUAUGUUUUUCUUAAAAUAUCUGAUUUCGUAGUUUGUCGGGGUUCGUCUACCGUGCGCGAUCGGCGCCGUAAUCGGCAGUGGAAAUGAUGAACUCCAGUGUCGACCUGUCGCGGCGGAAUCCGCAGGAGGAUUUCGAGCGGAUCCAAAGGAUAGGAAGCGGCACAUACGGAGAUGUGUACAAGGCUCGUAAUGUAAACACAGGAGAGCUGGCUGCUAUCAAAGUCAUCAAACUGGAACCGGGUGAAGACUUUGCUGUCAUCCAGCAGGAGAUCAUAAUGAUGAAGGACUGUAAGCACUCCAACAUUGUUGCCUACUUUGGCAGUUAUCUCCGGAGAGAUACGUUAUGGAUCAGUAUGGAGUACUGUGGAGGAGGCUCUCUGCAGGACAUCUACCAUGUCACUGGGCCUUUGUCAGAGUCACAGAUUGCCUACAUGUCGCGGGAGACCCUGCAGGGUUUAUACUAUCUACACAAUAAAGGCAAAAUGCACAGAGACAUCAAGGGAGCCAACAUCCUCCUGACAGACAACGGCUAUGUUAAACUAGCUGACUUUGGCGUAUCGGCCCAGAUCACAGCAACUCUGGCCAAGAGGAAGUCAUUCAUUGGAACUCCUUACUGGAUGGCUCCUGAGGUAGCUGCAGUGGAGAGGAAAGGAGGCUACAACCAGCUGUGUGACAUAUGGGCUGUGGGCAUUACUGCAAUAGAGUUGGCUGAACUACAGCCACCCAUGUUUGACUUGCACCCAAUGAGGGCACUGUUCUUAAUGACCAAGAGUAAUUUCCAGCCUCCUAAAUUGAAAGAUAAACUCAAAUGGACAAAUAACUUCCACCAUUUUGUCAAACUAUCCCUGACUAAGAACCCAAAGAAGAGGCCCACAGCUGAGAAGCUGCUGCAGCAUCCUUUUGUGUCUCAGCCCCUCAGCAGGACACUGGCUAUUGAGCUGCUGGACAAAGCCAGCAACCCUGACCACAGCACCUACAACGACUUUGACGAUGACGACCCCGAACCUGAGUCUCCGGUCUCUGUUCCUCACCGUAUUCGUUCCACCAGCAGGAGCACACGAGAAGGGAAGACACUGUCAGAGAUUAACUUUGGACAGGUGAAGUUUGAUCCUCCGUUGAGAAAGGAGACGGAGCCCCACCAUGAGCCGUGUGGUUCUGAGCCCUAUCUGGACUGUGUUGAGGAGCUCUACUAUACCGCGAGAUCUAAUCUGGACCUGCAGUUGGAGUAUGGCCAUGAUUCAUCAAGUCUGCUGGGAGGAAACAAGAGUCUUCUCAAAUCUGUGGAGGAAGAGCUUCAGCAGAGGGGCCAUGUGGCACACUUAGGGGAUGAUGAGGAUGAGGAUGAUGCAGAUGAUGAUGAAACUCACACUCAUAAAUCGAGCACCAUCAUGAGGCCAAAGGUCCCACCCCCACUUCCUCCCAAGCCCAAGUCCAUCCGCUCGUCCCAGCAACAGCAUAAACUAGACGACAGCCACUCGCACAGUGAGGACGACAGCGGCGGUGGAGGGACCAUCAAACGCUGUCCGGUCCCACAGACAGCGAGCCCAGCUAGACCUGCCUCCAAUGUCCCCCCGCGUCCCCCGCCCCCGAAGCUGCCGCCCCACCGCCGCAGUAGCCUAGGUAACGAGAGCCCGAAGUGCACGGACGUGGAAAACUCUGCCCCAGAGGAUGAUGGGAGCUUUAGGCAUUUCUGGGAGUGGCUCCACACACCUCACACAGAGGAGGAGCUGGAGGAGGCAUGGGAGGUGCUGAAGGAGGUGAAAGAGGAGCAGGAAAAAAAGGAGGAAAAGGAAGCGAGUAAUGGGCUUAACGCUCCACACAACGGUGAGAGGGACAGUCCAGCAGAAAGACAGUCCACCAUGCCCCCUAGUGUCCCCGUACGGAAAGAUAAGAAGGAUGUUCCGAUGCCGAUCAGUAAUGGCCUCCCACCUACACCCAAAGUCCAUAUGGGUGCAUGUUUCUCCAAGGUGUUCAAUGGCUGCCCGCUGAAGGUCCAUUGUGCCACUUCCUGGAUCAACCCCGACACCAGAGACCAGUAUUUGAUAUUUGGAGCUGAAGAGGGGAUCUACACAUUAAAUCUUAAUGAGCUUCAUGAGACUACAAUGGAACAGCUCUUUCCUCGGCGGUGUACUUGGCUAUACGUCAUGAACAAUUGUCUUCUUUCCAUAUCUGGAAAAGCCUCUCAGCUGUACUCCCACAGUCUGAGUGGUCUGUUCGAACAGGCCCGACAGUUACAGAAGUUACCAGUAGCCAUUCCCACACACAAACUGCCUGAUAAGAUCAUUCCCAGGAAGUUUUCUGUAUCCAAUAAAAUCCCAGACACUAAAGGGUGCCAAAAGUGCUGUGUCGUGCGUAACCCAUACACAGGUCAUAAGUACCUGUGUGGAGCCUUCCAGUCCAGUGUCAUGCUGUUGGAGUGGGUGGAGUCAAUGCAGAAGUUCAUGCUCAUCAAGAAUAUCGACUUCCCGUUGCCGUGCCCUUUGGAGGUCUUUGAGAUGCUGGUGGUCCCGGAGCACACCUACCCUCUGAUCUGUGUGGCAGUCAGUAAAGGCACAGAACUCAACCAGGUCGUCCGGUUUGACACCGUCAACCCCAACUCUACCUGCUCCUGGUUCACAGAAUCAGACACACCACAGACGUGUGUGAUCCAUGUCACUCAGUUAGAGAGAGACACCAUCUUAGUCUGCCUCGACAGAUGUAUAAAAAUAGUGAACCUCCAGGGUCGGUUGAAAUCCAGCAGAAAGCUGUCAGCUGAGCUGACUUUCAACUUCCAGAUUGAAGCCAUAGUUUGUCUUCAAGACAGCGUACUGGCCUUCUGGAGGCAUGGCAUGCAGGGAAGAAGUUUCAAGACCAAUGAGAUCACACAGGAAAUCUCUGACAGCACACGCAUCUUCAGACUACUGGGAUCAGACAGACGUGUUGACCGUAGACAUCCAGAGGCUGAGGACAGAGGCCUCUCUCUGCCCAGAGUGGUGGUGCUGGAGAGCCGGCCAACAGACAACCCGACCGCCCACAGCAACCUCUACAUCCUGGCAGGCCAUGAAAACAGCUACUGAGACACACACACAUACAUGUACACAACCACACACGUACACAUGCACCGUCAACAGCUACACCACUAAUGCAAACAAGGGAGCGAGCGGUCGAGAAAUCCGCUCAGCCCAAACACACGCUAAACCCCUUUCAUCUUCUCACCCGGCCUGCCGGCAGUGUAACUGGAAAAUGAGUAGUUCACUGGUGCGGAUGUGGAUUCCCACUCGCAGAGGUUUAAAACGCACCAGAGUGUUUUCAUGUGGAUCAGGUCAACAUGGUGUAGUAGGACAGCGGGUCGUGGACGAGGGUUCAAACGACCUGCCAGUUCAGUGGUGCGAUUAUCUGGGGAAUCUCUUCUCUGCUUCUUAAGAGUGACUUUAGCCCAGAACUCCAACAGCAUCUACACCUUCCCCUGCAUACUACACACUGGGAAAACAGCAUCCUGCACAGAAGUUUGACUUCAACACUACGUCUACUACUAAUUCUUGUACACACAUUAGUACUACUGCUACUUUCACUAAAGCUUCACAGAACAGCCAUCUUGCACAGAAAAUCUCCCCAUUUCUCCUUUGUAGUUUUCUCCUCUGUCUCCUCCUCCUCCCCCCUCUUUACCCUUUCCUCCCUUUUUAAACUACACCUUUAUUUAUUGUGGCAUGAUGUAACUUUAACAAUCAGGAUGGCUUUCCUGUUUUAUUAUUAUUGUUUGUUUUUUUUAAAAGGAUAUAAAAGAGAAAGUUGUCCCAAAACAAAUCUCCGCCACCUCCACUAGAAUUGAAUUUCAGUACCCGCCACCCACCACCACACAAGUGCUUAUUUGACCUCUAUUUAAUUCUUGUAAAUAUAAAUGUGGUAUUUUUUUGACAGAGACGAACACUAAAAAGACCGGUCAUGUAGAUAAGCGUGUGUAUAGUUGCUCUGUAUAAUUGUGGAGGCUAGUAGAGACGGGACAGAUGUGGAGGAGAGAGCCGAGGCAGCGGAUUCACUUCCUGUUUCUCUGAUCAUGUGAUGAAGUUCAGGAAGUGAGGAGUGCUGUGGUCUCCUCAGGUGGACAGCUCUAGCAGGCUAAUAUUAUUCUAAUAUUGAUCAGAAGCUCAGGAUUGGACUGAGCAAACAGGAAGCGGCACUGAUUUUCAUUUUCAUUUUGCAUGCAUCACCAUCGAAAACUUCCUGCUUGUGUGUACCCUAGCAACUGUUGUCAGGGCAGCAUCUGUUAAUUUAAGUUUCCUGCUUUCAACAUCAUCUGUUUUUUAUUAUUAUUACGUUUUAAUCAAGCUUUUUUUAUUGAACCACUGGUGUUAAAAAUUUGCACAGAGAGGAGAAAAAAAACGUAUUUGACAAGCAAAUGUGAUGUCAUUAUAUGACCUUGUGUGUAUGCACAGUGUGUGUAUAUAUAUAUUUGUGUUUGUGUGUAGACAUAGAAUAUGCACAUACGAGUGCGUCGUGUACAGAUCUGGACUUUGAGUGACAGCUGUGUUUCUGCCUCUUGGGCAGGAAAACAAAAGAGGAUUGAUUUACACAGAAAGAAAAAUGACUUCUAUUUAUCAAGUCCACGUUGUGUAUGUUAAAUUAUAGCCUUGAAUAAAAUAGGAUUUUCUGUUUGAUACAUUUUUAACCAGCUGCAGAAAACCGCCCAUAUUGAUAACGUAAUGAUAUAUUAAUCCCAUUUUAAUCCAGAUAAAACCAGCGUAUUGAUAGAAAUCGGGCAAAUGAAGGGUGUUGGUUAAAUCACUAGGGUACGUAGUGAUACUGAUACUUCAGUUUCUAUACCAAUUUUGCUCGGUGAUAAAAGAGAUUUUCCCAGAAUUAAUGCUGCAAAUUGUACAAAAUGUGGAUCUCUUUAAACCUGGUGCAUCGUUAAAAAUAUUGUUAAAAACUGACCCUGAAGUAGUUACAUUAACACAUCAUUUAUGAAGACCACACAGUGAUCAAUGGUGAACCUUAAAACCCAUACAAGUUUGAAAUAUCCAGACUAGAAGUGCAUCAGACAGCUUCACGUAGUUACUAAGUUGUCCAUGGGACGGAGGGUGCUGUGAGUGCAGCUUUUCCCACAUUUAUGCUCUCAGACAGUUGUGACAGCAAAUCGUCUGAAAAGCAGUGCGUGGAAAUAUUCUUGUUGCCGUUAACUUGCAGUAACGAGAAACCCUGGAUUGAUAAAGGAUCUUGUUCAUAUGAAAAGCCCCGUAAACUAAGUUUUUUUAUUUCUGUGUAACCCUUACAUCUGAUUCCUGUGACUCAUGGCUGUGGCUUUUAAAGGCCAACAUCUGAGGGCUCACUCGUGCUACACGCAUGUAGCCGUGCACCGUGUGGUUGUGGCAUGUCGUGUGUAGCAGAGUCCGCACGUGUGGCAGUACAACACUAACUGGACUCUACAAGCUGUGACACUAGAGGACGAGAAACACUAGUUUAGCACAAAGCUACGACGCCAUCUCUGCUCGCGACAUAGCAUGAGGCUUCAUUCAUUCAUCCAAGUAGAAAUGUAUUGUUGUUCUUUUGUCACCACGGAUACAGACGUGUGAGCCAUAGCAACCAGCCAAUCAGGUAUAAGAUCGGCAAGUGAAGGAAAACACAAAACACCAUCGCUAUAGUAGUUUAAAUGUGAUAAAUAAUCGCAGCUGUGGCAACAGUGAUUUUCUCUGGUUUUCUCAUUACAUGUGCAAAAACAUGUCUUGUGCUUCAUUUUAUGCUGGACUCGCCAAUGCUGGACUGUAAAGUCACGUUAUACGCUGAAGUUUUAUAGGUCUAUGCUUUUUUUCAUUGGUCUGUCGAAGCUGAAGUUUAGAAGAACAGAAGACGUUGUUGCUGGCUGUCACAGAGCCGGUUGUAGAAAUGGUGUACCACCGUGUUAGGAGUCGAAGAAUGGAGCGGCUUUCUGCUCCUUGUCAGUGAUGGAAAACACUCCAUCAUUCUCCUCCUGAACUGUGUGGAUUCAAAUUAUUUGUCUACUUAUAAUUAGGGAUGGGAUGAUACCACUUUUUGUGUCCGAUACCGGUGUCACAAACUCGAGUAUCUACCGAGACAGAGAACUAUGAAGCUGUUAACAACACACUUCAAAGACAUAAUUCUCCAACUGUAUGACAAGUAUUGUUCUCCCAAAAAGAAGGAAUUACAGCCCAAACAUGAAUCGGCUAAAAUGCUUUUGCAGAUUCUUUUGUGCAUAGUGAAGCAUGCAAAAUAUAGGAUUGAAUCAGAUUUUUAUGUCUCUUAACUGUCCGAUAUCCGAUCCAGUGAUUUUGACCAGUAUCGGACCGAUACCGAUUCCGAUUCACAUCCCAACUUAUAACCACCCUCGGAUUGUUGCUUUGCACCUAGGGAAAAAAAGUAGCUGUCACAGAUAUUCAUCAUACAUCACAUAAUGACAACACACCGAACUGUUGUGUAGUGAGUUGGGAGCAGAAACUGUCGUCCUGUACAUCAGACUCUAUAUGCUGUUAGCACUACACCCACACAUCAGUCAAAUAAAUCUGUUUAACUCAACAGACAACGACCAAGUGUUACAUAAAAAUAGGCAUAGUCUCCUGGUUUGAAAACUUAAGCUCAGGAAUUGGGAUGGUCUCAAUUGCUAGUUUCAGGUCUUCCUCAGUUGAACAUGAAGUCAUUGUUGUAAGUUAUGUUCCCAUUUAGAGGACAAUGCAUAAUAAAGAAAGGUACCGGUGUGAUUGACAGCUGGAAUCGUCCAGUAGGAGCCUUGUUGUAGGUGAAAACUAAUAAUCUCAAGGCUUCACACUGAGGGGCUGCAAGACUAUGUCCAUUUUUAUACACGCCCUGUGGUAAAAAACCAGAAAGAGAACAUGUAACCUUAAAAGAAAUGGGUAAUUCAGUAGCCAUUGUUUUGAUUUGACUUGAAAGUAAAUCACGGCCCCACGUCCUGAUGCCAAGUUCCAUUUACACAAUCAGGUCAUCGCCUGCCAAUAUUUUUAUUUUUAGCUGUUCGUUCAUCCAUAAAAAUAUUCAAAUUCUCUUCAUAGUAAUUCAUUCACAUUAGGUCAAAUUAAUCACUUCCUGUUUUUACGCUCACUUCAUUCAGUUCGAUCGAUCGUCCGCCUUUUUGUUUUAGCAGUGUUUCGUGACCAUUUCAUUUAAUCGAUUUAAAAAAACAUUCCUUUACAUUAAGUCUCUCCUUUAUGUCAAAGAACACAUAGUUUGUUUAUUUUACUUUUUCUUUUUUUUUUAAUGCAAUGCCAGAAUAUGUUGUUGAAACCUUUUAUGGCCAAAUCUAGAUGUUAGUCUACCUCGCGAUGAGUCCCCGGCGAAGAGUAAAGCUUUGUGUCUGAUUCAGUGAGCAGCGGCCGUCAGCUGUGUGUGAGAUUAGUGUCAAUCAAAAACAUGUUGUUCUCGUGAGUCGACGUCAAACGAACAAAAGCUGAGCUCAGAUUUUCUUUGGAGCUUUUUCCGUUUCCUUAAAUACUCAUUCACUUUGAAUUGUUUUUGAAAUAAUGAGAUUUUUACCCUAAGGAAAAUCUCAUGUUCACUGAUGUACGUAUGUAUGUAUUGAUUUUUUUCUUUUUUCCAGAAGAUACAAGCAGUUGAUUUUUAUUUUAUUUUCCUUUGUGGGUUUGGUAAUUUUCACAUAUUGGAAUAUUGUUCAUUCUCACAGAAUAACAAUAGGUUUCCGUGGGAUGCUUUGAUGACUCCUAAUCCUAAUUAAACACAAAAUUAAUCUCUAAUCCUGCUAAGCAAACAAGGCCUUUUAUAGUGACUUUUUAUGUUUCACACCCUCAGGUACACCUGGGUCAAAUCACGUGGCGGUAAUUCACAGGGAUUCCACGUAGGUGUUUCUCCAAGCAGAUUAAAGUAAGCAUUAGAUAUUUGCAGGUUUAAGCCCCCGAUAAUAAACUAAGACGCGAGUCUCCUCUGUUCUGUCGCUGUUACUUCACCUCUGUCUUUUGUUGUCAUAAUGCAAUGCACAUGUUAUGAAAUGUAUAUAGUGUAAAAUAAAAAAUGGGUUUGUUUUACAUACUGUAUAAUUGCCUAUAUUUUGUUUCAGAAGUGUAACAGAUUUAUGAGAUGACAGGUUAACACAUUAAAAAGAAGGAAGUGAAA